AUGAAGUUCGCUUUCGCUCUCGUUGCUGCCGGCCUUGUUGCCGCCCAGGACUUCUCUGGCCAGCCCGAGUGCGCCAUCCCCUGUCUGCGCGAGGGUAUCCCCAAGGUCGGCUGCGCCCUGACCGACACCGCCUGCCAGUGCACCAAGGAGAAGCAGGAGGCUCUCGUCCCCGCCGUCGCCGGCUGCCUGCUCGGCGCCUGCAGCUCCGCCGACCUUGGUAAGGCCCAGGAGGCCGCCGCCGCCGCCUGUGCCAAGUUCCUCGCCACUGCCGGUGCCAGCACCCCUACCGGCUCUGCUGCUGCUUCCGUUGCCUCGUCCGCCGCUUCUUCCGCUGCUGCCUCCGUCAGAACCUCCAUCUCCGCUUCCGCCUCGGCUGCGGCCUCUGCUUCUGCCUCCGUCUCUGCUUCUGCUGCCUCCAACGCCUCCGCCCCCGUCGCCUCUGCCUCUGCCGCCGCUACCUCGGCACGCAACGGAACUGCCUCCGCCAGCCUCCCCGCCUCCCGCACUCCCUCUACCACCAACCCCUCCGGCACUGGCGCUGGUGCCAGCGGUAGCCCCUCUUCCUCCGGCAACGCCGCCCCCCAGGGCACUGCUGCCGUUGGCGGUAUGGCCCUCGCUGCCCUGGCUGGUCUCGUUGCUGUUGCUCUGUAA